UGCAACCCUGCGCACCUUGCAGGAUCUGAAGGAAUAUGCAGUGUUCCAAGAUUGUGAGGCUACAGCAGAAUUUAUCGAGAUAACGGACAGGCUGUUCGAUAUCUUGAACAGCCGCAAUCCCAGAGCCAGAGGGUUGCUCUCUGUCCUCGGCUUUGUCAUAAACAUUGACACAUUGAUGGCGAUGAUUCCCGUGCUCCUCGAAGGACAGCGAUAUGUCCUGACGUACCGAUUCAGCCAGGACCACUUGGAGCUUCUUUUCAACUCCAUCAGAGCAUCCGGUGGCUGGAAUAACAACCCUAACGCCAGCCAUUUCAAGUACAUUUUCCGGAAGCUGAUGGCCAGGUGUGGGGUUGUUAAACCAAGCAGCAAAGGCAAUGUGACAGCACAGGAUGACACAGAGUCCCUACCAGCUGAUCAGUCUGCUGUUCAGUCCUACCGCAUAGACACAUCUACCAACCUGUCGGCUGUAGACAUGUCCUCUGCAGAAGGAGAAGAUCUCCCUUCCCCGUUUGCAGACAUUCCUGCCCUUGUACAAGACCACAGCUAUCUUCCCAAGAAGUUUGAUGGUCUUGUGGAAAAUGUGCUUGUGUACAUUUCAGGAUUUGUGGUGCGACGCACACUAAAAAAGCUUUCCUGUGAUGUCUGCCGGGCAAGCCUGUUGAUGGAUGCUGAAUCUGCCAGUAAGGACCAGAGCUACCAUCUGCUGACGCUGAAAAACAAUGGAGGUCUUGUCAUCCCAUCAGCAGGCACCGUGAAGGUCGUCAGGGCAGCAGAGUGGGUUGUUCGGCAGGCAGUAGCAGAUUCCAGGAGAUCGCAACCCAUCAAACUGUUGGAGGUCCUCUACGUGGUGAGGAAGAGGAUAGGUGGAGAGGAUGUGUUUUUGCUCGGGGAGCACAUCACUGACACGCGAUAUGGCGUUGACAGUCACCACCAUACACUCUUGACUCUGGUUGUGUCCCUCUUCUUCAAGCUAAGGCUGCACCACAUUGCGAAAAUGUCAACGCUUAGCUUGCAGAAAGACAGUGUGAGACAGAAGCUCACAAAAACUGUCCUUUUCAAAGGGCAGUAGCGCAAACUAUUUGUGCACUUAAAGGAUGGGUUUUCAACUGGUGGUCUGUUUAGUUUGCUACUCUUCUUUGAUGUUUGCAUGUGAAUGAGUGGUGUAUGAGUGUGUGCGUGAAUGGGUGAAUGUGGGGCUUUGUAAAGCGCUUUGUGCACCAAGACGGUGUAGAAAAGCGCUAUGUAAGUUCAGACCAUUUAAGAGAGAGGAGGAGAGGGAGGGAGCUGUAUUCAUUAUAUUGUAUUGAUGGAAAGAGUUUUGUGUCCAAUUGUGUCUUAAUGUUUUUUUUUUUUUCUAAUUGUGUGCCUUUGGACCUAAGUCAAAAAACAAAGACCCAUCUCUUUUCUCUUUAUUUUACAGAAUGGCAACUUUAUAUUUACAGAUUUAUAUUAUACAUGAAUUUACACAUGUAUUUAAUAAUGUUAGUGCAAUUUUGUUUAUUACUAAUAUUAUUUCAUGUUUCAUGUACCUUAUAAAUAUUGAUAUCAUUACUGUGUGUGUGUGUGUAUGGGUAUACCUAGUGCUUUACCUGUCUAGUCUACUUAAUAUACUAUUUUCUUAAUAAACUCCGUGGCUAUAAUUUUUCACAAGUAUGAAGUUAAAUAGCCGCAUC